CCACAGCCGUCGACGCCGGACCCCGCGCCCGCACCAUGGCGGUCCCCAGCCUCGCCUGCUGCCUGCUCGGCCUCCUGGCGCUGACCUCCGCCUGCUACAUCACCAACUGCCCCGUGGGCGGCAAGCGGGCCGUGCUGGACCUGGACGUGCGCGAGUGCCUCCCCUGCGGCCCCGGGGGCAAGGGGCGCUGCUUCGGGCCCAGCAUCUGCUGCGGGGACGAGCUGGGCUGCUUCGUGGGCACCGCCGAGGCGCUGCGCUGCCAGGAGGAGACCUACCUGCCGUCGCCCUGCCAGUCGGGCCACAGGCCCUGCGGGGACGAGGGCCGCUGCGCCGCCGACGGCAUCUGCUGCAGCCCCGACGGCUGCCGCACCGACCCCGCCUGCGACCCCUAGGCCGCCUCCAGCGCUGAGGACCGCGCCCCGGACCUCGGACCUCGGGCGCAGCCCUCGCUCCCUCCGCAGCCACUCCCGAAAGAAUGAAAAUAAACGAAUGCACCUUCC